AUGGAGAAAGAGCUAAAGAAGCGACAUGAGGAAUACGAGGAGCUGAACAAUAGCUACCGGGAGGUUUACGGCUCCUACAUUGUGAGCAAGACAAACCUGGACGAGGUGACAAAUAACUACGAAGGGGAAGUCCUCAAAUUGGAGACCAUGAUAACGGAAAAGGAAAACCAGUACUCCGAUUUGCACGAAAGCUUCCAGGAAUUGCUGGAAGAAAAAUGCAAACUGGAGGCAGAACUUGAGGGCUACCAAAAGGCCAUAUACGAAAUGGAGGAAAACUGCGCUUCGCUAAAGGAGUCUCAUAAGGAGGAACUGAAAGAAAUCCAAGAAGAGGUGUCCAACCUGUCCUCUCAAUUGGAGAUCAUUAACGAGGAGCUAGAGUUCGCGAAGGAAAGAUGCAGAGAGUUGGAGAGACUAAAUGAGGAAAGAGCCUCCACCAUCGACACCCUCAAUGGAGAAAUUGAGAAUUUAAAAGUAAGGAGAGUAGAAUCAGAUGCGGAGUUAGAUGUGGACUUAGAUGCGGACUCCGAUGAGGAGAAGAAACAUCUCGGAAUCGACAUGGAGAUUAUCAAAACGCAGCAACAUAGAAUACACGAGGAGAUGCAGCAGAUGCAUAAGGAGAAGGAGAAACUAGGUCGAGAGAGAGAAGAAAUAGGUCGAGAGAGGGAAGAAGUAGGUCGGGAGAGGGAAGAAGUAGGUCGAGAAAGGGAUGAACUGGGGCGAGAAAAAGAACGCCUGGAUAAAUACAGGGAGGAGUUACUGCAGGAGAAAGAACUAAUACAGAUGGAUAGAGACCAACUCGGGAAGGAAAAACACAGACAAGAAAAUAACAUGAAAAGUAUAAUAAUAAAAUUUAGCGAUUUGCAGAAGGAGCUUGAUGAUCUUGCUUCGGAGAAUUCGACGAAGGAGUCCUGCUUACGGGAGAGCGAACAGAAGGUGCACGCGCUGGAGAAGGAGUCCUCCCUGUGCAAGAACAAGAUCUCCAGCUUGGUCCAGAAGAUGCAGGAGCUAAAGAGCGAACUGGACAUCGAGAGGCAGAGGAGUGGCCAGCUGGAGCAAGAUACAGUGAAUAAAACUGGAGAGCUUCUCAAGAGGGACUCUAUCAUUCAGGUUUUAUAUAGCAAGCUGAAAGAGAAAGAAAGCGAGUUGGUACUAUUCCAGAACGAAAAUUUGUCCCUGAAGAACCACAAGAAGGAGCUGAGCAAAAUUUGGGACACCAGGAAAAGCGAAAUGGAUACCAUCGAAAUUGAUUUAUAUAAAAAGCUGUCCAAUUUAAUCAUUAAGAAUAAAAUUCGGGACAGGGACGAUCUGCGCUUUGAUGGGCACCCUCAGUCGUUUCUUCUGAAAACGCUGUGGUCCGGCUACGUCGACAUCUGCAAGAGCAUCCUGAAGACGAGGGACGGGUACCUCUACAGCGGAAGCAGAAGUCACCGCUUCAUUUGCGCCUACAACACGGACUUGUUCCUGGACGUGAGGCAGGACAGCUCGAAGAACCUGCUGUCCUACAGAAACGAAACGAGGGGGAUAUUCCAUGUCAAUGGAGACGAGGUGAAGAGUCUGGUGUACGUGGGUCCACUAAGCAAGUGCCAAGGACAGAGCGUUACCCCAUGCAGUAACAGAGUUAAACUCGAAGUGACCAAAGGACGCAACUGCAAUUACGUGUUUGAAGAAAUGUACGUGACGAAGAAGGGAACCAAAAUAGUCAUCAUAAAGGAAAAAGAAACAGGAAAGUAUUUCAGUGGAUUGCAUAAAAAUCUGCUUCAACAAGAAAAUGAAAAAAAGAAAACAGGAGUAGAUAAACUCGAAUACAACAGUGUUGUGAGUAAGCUAAUUAAUUACAUGACUACUGAGGAGAAGGAGAGAUCCAAGGGGGACAUCAUUUUGAGAACAUCCAAAGAGAAGGUGAAGAUCGAAAGUGGGGAGGAGGAACCCAUGAAGGGGGUGAACAAAACGCGCCUUGUUAAAAACGAGAGGAAUAAAUCCAACCGCGGGAUCCCUCCUAAAGGAGAAACAACAGCAAGGGGUAGAAAUAAAAGUGAAACUAAAGCAACUCGGAAGAUGGACGUGGGACAGAAGGACACCAAGUUGGCGUCUCCCUGUGCGGUUCCCCCAAAGGGGAAUUACAAGCAAGUAAAAAGUGAGCAGCAAAUGAGUGAAGAAAAUUUGCAUAGGUAUAAUAUAGCCAAGGAGAUGCUGCUCCUCCCGGGCAGCAAUGGCGGCACUGAUAGCAAUGGCAGCAAUGGCAGCAAUGGCAGCAGUGAUAGCAGUGAUAGCAACGGGCGCGAUGACAACAACCGUGGAGACCUUAACCGAGACAGUGACGGGGGUGACAGCGCGAGCACAGCAGAUGGCGGUCGUGUGCCACUCUUCCAUUUGAAAAACGAAUACGCGAAUGACACGGAGGAGGAGUCAAAAUGCGUCGCAAAGGAAAAACCGGUAGCGUCACCCAUGGAUGGGAAAAACUCGGUCGAGUCGUUUUUAAAGCACCCUAGUGGAGCAACUGGUAAUGUCGCUUCCCUUGCGAGUGCAGCUGACUUUAACGAUACCAACGUUGUCCUGACUAUAAACAAGGAGGAGGCAAUUUUAUUCGAAGUUUUUAAUUAUGAACAGAUAGCCGAACAUGACGCUGUGCGAUUUGCCUCGGAGUAUGUGCUGCACUUCCUUGCCAACUGGGAGAAGGCCGGGUACUGCUCCUCUACUCAGGAUGCCUCGUCCACCACCGUGUGCAGCGAGCACAGCUCUAACGCCUUCACGUCUCUCGACGGGGAUUGGUGCAUCCUGCCUGCGUACAUGUCCUACACGUGA